AGUGUGUUAGAAGAUUUAUGAUGUAAUUUGAACUAGUAUUCAACAAUACAUAGAAGUAUGUACAACAAAUUACAAUAAAAUCAAAAUGGUUGAUAUUGCUGAUGGUGAUCUGCGUAUGCAAUUACAGAUUUGUUUUCCUAUCUUGCUUCUGCUCUUACCUCUAGCAUCAUCUCAAAAUUGUAAAAAUACAGAAUUCUCCUGGGACAAGGGUUGUACUUGUAUAGCAAAAUGUGCUCAAUUAACAGCAACACUUCUCAAAUUUCAAGACGAUGACCUUGGUUCUACCUUUAAAGGGUCCAAUGUGAAUGAUUGUCAAGGAUUUUGUAAAUCUAUCCCAGAUUGCGAAUUCAUCUCUCAUGAUGUAACCAAUAAAAUUUGCAGCUUUAAAGGUUCGGCUGGAAGACCAAGAAAAAACGUCAAGUACCUAUCGUACCACAAGGACUGCUCCAAGGAAAUAACAGCAAAGUUUAGAAUUGAGAAAGACUGUAAAGAUGGUGAGGAUGAUAAUGAGUAUGAAGAUGAUGAUGGUACACUUCUUAUCUAUGAUGCUGAACAUAAAGGAAACGUAGAUGAAUACUUGGAGAAAUAUGGUUAUGGUGAAAAGGGAAACAAGCGAAAAAAGGAGAAAAAGAAAAAAAAGGGAAAAAAGGAAAAAAAAGAGAGACAAAAGGGAGAAUAUGAAGGAGAUGGAUAUGGAUAUGAUGGUGGAAAGGAGAGGGAUGGAUAUGAUGGUGGAAAGGAGAGGGAUGGAGAAUACUAUAAUGGUGGGGGGUAUCCGCAAACUGAUUUAUACUAACCAGGGUUGGCGUGGUGUAUAUAUAAUGAGUAUUUAAUCAAAGGAAUUGAGUUUUUGUCAUAAACUAAAAUCUUCUGAUUCUAAUAUCUAUGCAAUCUUAUGGUGCAAACCUU